CGACCACGUCAUCAACACGCCAGUCUCGCCAAAUCCUUUGCGCCAAUGUUGCGCUCUAGCCUCGACUUGUCUAACCGCUCGUGAUCUUUCGUGCACUGCUUUGCUUGAGAUCUAGCAUCCGUGAGCUGGCUUUCAGAUUCGAUAUCACGGGACCACGCGUUAAAAUGUCAGACCAGGCGCUAUUGAGUGACCUUUGUGGUAUUUGCAAUAUCAAAACUUCCAAAUAUAAAUGUCCCGGUUGCUCCGCACGCACAUGCUCGCUGCCAUGUUACAAACGUCACCAGCAAUGGGCGCAAUGUUCAGGCAAACGAGACCCUACAAAGUUUGUCAAGAAAUCGCAAUUAGCAACGCCAGCUGGUAUCGAUCAUGACUUCAACUUCCUCACUGGCAUAGAACGGGACAUGGCCAAAGCAGAGAAGGAGUUCAACGACCAAGAUCCACCGCGGUCGCUUGACCGCAAACACUCAUCGAGAUCCUCGCAGCCUGAGAUGGUUAAUCUGGCGGCAGCGGUCGGCGUUACUUUGAUUCGGGCGCCCAAAGGCUUGAGCAGGCAGAAGGAAAAUAAGACUCAUCGUGUAGCUAAGACGAAAAAUGUUGUAUGGACGAUCGAAUGGAUGGCACAUGACAAGAGCCGGGUUCUCACCAACGUGUCUUCCACAUGCCAGGUAUCGAAGGCCCUAUCAGUUGAUGAGGCCAAGCCAAAGAAGAGGAAGCGGCCGGCUGAACCCAAUUCCAACAGCAAGCUUUGCACCACAGAAGAUACUGUGAAUGCAAUAGAGAAACAGGACACAUCACUGCAAGCCGAGACCAACGACAAGAAGCCAGAAGACAUGGUCUGCAUCACGCCUCUCAAUACAGCCCAAGAAGAACACGAACAUGAACAGCUCAGCGUAGAACCCAAAAGAGCAGACGACGACGUUCUGAAUCGCCCAUCGGAGAAUCAGUUCUUCCUCCUGCGUCCCCGAACCAGCACUAGUCGACACGUCGUCAUUCCGCUCACACCCUCCGCCACACUCGGCGAAUGUCUACGUGGUCGCACCGUCCUUGAGUUCCCUACCAUCUACACAUUUCCAAGUUCCAUGACUCAACUACCUGAAGGUUUCAUGCUAGAAGAAGAAUAUAUCAAGCAGGAAGGUGAAGAGCAGAAAGAGUUUGAGGAUAUGAUGAAAGAGGUUGACCCUGAGAUACUGAGGAGGCUAAAAGACGAGCGCUCCGAUGGUGAGAUGCAAGGAGAGGAGGUGGACAGCAAGAAGAUCCUUGAUGUGUUGAAGCAGGACCUCGGGUCAAUAAAGUGGUAGUAUGGAACGGAAUUGAGGUAGAGUACCAAGUAUGGAGAAUCAUUAAUAGCAUUGUCGCAACUGGACUCGCACUCGGUUUGCUCUCAGGCUCAGAAAUUACGAACUGCGUGGACACGUAAGUCCAAUCUAUUAUGGUACCCCCCGGAAGUAUAAGCCAUCUGCCACAUCCAGCUGGGGUAACACCUUACCAAAAGUCAAAGUGGCGAAUGACUUAUACUUCCGGGGGGAA